GAAUGAUGGAGUUCCUCUUCUCCCUCCUCUAGCUUCUUUCUCCGCCUCCCCUGCAUCACUCCAGCGGAGUCCUCGAGAGUCGAGAUGGCACCACCUCCCACGCCCCUCCUCCUCCUCCUCCUCCUCCUCCUCCUCUGCUCCCUCACCAUCACGCCGGUGGCCGCCGGCGAGCGCGCGCGCACGGUGUACAUCGUCCACAUGGACAAGUCCGCCGUGCCGCCGCACUUCGCCGAGGACGCGCACGCGUGGCACUCGGCCAUCCUGGAGUCGGUGGCGGACGCGUCGCCGCGCGGCCGAGGACGCCCGGAGCACGUGUACUCCUACGCGAACGCGCUCAACGGCUUCGCCGCCACGCUCUCCGCUGCCGAGCUACGCGCGCUCCGCCACACGCCAGGGUUCGUCUCGGCGUACCCGGACCGCCGCGCGGACGUCGCCCACGACACGACGCACUCCCAGAGGUUCCUCGGCCUCCGCCCCGACGCCGGGCUGUGGCCGGCGGCGAACCUUGGCGAGGGCGUCAUCAUUGGCGUGCUGGACACCGGCGUUUGGCCCGAGAGCAACAGCUUCCACGACGACGGGAUGCCGGCCGUGCCCUCCCGGUGGCGCGGGGCGUGCGUGCCGGGCGUCUCCUUCCCCGCCACCACGUGCAAUAGGAAGCUCAUCGGAGCACGCUACUUCAACCGCGGAUACGUGGCCAUGUACCCCAACGCCACCGUAUCAAUGAACUCGACGCGCGACGACGACGGCCACGGCACGCACACAGCGUCCACCGCCGCGGGCAGCCCUGUGCCGUGCGCGUCCUUCUUCGGCUACGGGCGCGGCACGGCGCGUGGAACAGCUCCACGUGCCCAUAUCGCGGCGUACAAGGUCAGCUGGCCCAGCGACACGGUGAUGUCCGACGUCCUGGCGGCCAUGGACGCGGCGAUCACGGACGGCGUCGAUGUCGUGUCCAUCUCCCUCGGCUUCAACAACCAGCCGCUCUACACGGAUCCAGUUGCAAUUGCCUCGUUCGCUGCCAUGGAGCGCGGCAUCUUCGUGUCUGCGUCAGCGGGGAACGAUGGCGCCCAUGGGUUGGCCACGCUGCACAAUGGCAUCCCAUGGGUGCUCACGGUGGCGGCCGGCACGGUGGACCGGCAAAUGUUCGCCGGCACUGUGAGCUACGGAGACACGAAGCAAGGCAUCACCACGAUCACUGGGGUCACGUCGUAUCCAGCAAAUGCUUGGGUUUCUCAAGUGAAGCUGGUCUACAACGAGACGCUGUCCGCGUGCACCUCGUCAGCUCUGCUCCAAAGUCUGGAGACAAAGAAGAGCAUUAUCGUCUGCCGCGACACUGGGCUUGGUGCGAUGGACCAUCAGAUGAAGGUUGUCGCCGCGGCCGGUCUCACGGCCGCUAUCUUCGUCCCGCAGACCGAGACGGACGAACCUCUAAUGGGUGAGUAUUCGCUGCCGGUUAUCGCGAUUAGCCCAGAGGAUGCGCCCGCGCUGCUCAAGUAUAUCACCUCCAGCUCGCAGCCGACGGCCACGAUCAAGUUCCAGCAGACCGUCCUCGGCAGAGCACCGGCGCCGGUGGUCGCCUUUUACUCCUCCCGAGGGCCGUCGCCGAGUUUUGCGGGCGUCCUCAAGCCGGACAUAUUGGCGCCGGGUGACAGUAUACUAGCUUCCUGGCCACCCGUUGCUCCGUUGGCGUACGUAGGGUCGACGGCUUUGGGCGGCGACUUCCAAGUCGCGUCCGGGACUUCAAUGGCGUGCCCGCACGCCAGCGGCGUGGCGGCGCUGCUCCGGGCGGCGCACCCGGACUGGAGUCCGGCCAUGAUUAAGUCUGCAAUGGUGACCACGGCGAGCGCGGUCGACAAUCUGCACCGUCCCAUCGCCGACGCCGGCAACGGCAACGGCAUGGCUAGUCCGCUGGCCAUGGGCUCGGGGCAUGUCAACCCCAACUCUGCUCUGGACCCGGGUCUCGUCUUUGACGCCGGGCCGCGGGACUUCGUCGCGCUCCUGUGCGCCGCGAACUACACCGUCACCCAGAUCGCGGCGGUCACGCGCAACGUGGCCGUGGCCGUGACGCCGUGGACGCUGGAGUUCGGCGGUGCGGGCGAGAAGGCGACAUUCGAGGUGGAAAUUGUGCUGACCGCGCCCACCGGAGGAGAGCCGGCGCACGGUGCCGUGCUCUGGACGGAGCUGGUCGGCGGCAGUCACCAGGUCAGGCUCCCGUACGUGGUGGUGUGACGGCGCCGUUCGGUGCUGUGAACUUGAUCUUAUGUCGCUCCGAUGAUGUAGUUUGACUUGGGCUUAAGGAGUCAGAAAUCCUAUUAAGUACUCUACCUUAUAUUUCUCAGUCACAGUGGACUGAGGUUUAACUUAUUAGUCAGACUUAUCGCUAUCUCAUCCUACUAGUUGCUUGUGCUUGUCAAUUUGAAAAAAGCAGGUGCUUGUGCUUAUUAGUUCC